CGUAAAACAUUUCGCCCGACCUGCCAGUGAGGAGAGACAGAAGGCCUUAAAGCUUAUAAAUUUAUAGACGAUGAAAGUAGGGUUGUCGAAACGCACUUUCUUUUUAUAGACAGCAUUGUAGUCUUUCUCACGAUGAUCAUAGAGAAUGUGGAAGCCUUGAAGUCGUGGCUGGCAAAACUCCUGGAGCCAAUAUGUGAUGCUGACCCUUCUGCGUUAGCCAACUAUGUAGUGGCUCUUGUGAAGAAGGACAAACCGGAGAAGGAGCUGAAAGCUCUUUGUGCUGAUCAGCUUGAUGUCUUUCUACAAAAAGAGACGGUAGGAUUUGUCGAUAAACUUUUUGAGUGUCUCACGACCAAGAACUACCUGGGAAAUCCUGCAGCCAAGGAAGCUCCUAAAGAGGAGAUUAAACCACCUGCAGUCAAGUCUGAUGUUGUUGAGGCUGAAACCCCAGAAGAGGAGAGAGAAAACAGGCGAAGGAGAAGUCCUCUGAGGAACCGCUCUGACUUCAAUGACUCAAGGAGCCGCGAUGACAGGAGGCGAGAUGAGCGCAAGCGCCGUGACUUUGAUCGGCAUGGGAAAAGCAGCAGCGACUCCCAUCGCGAGCGGGAGCGACACGAGCGCCGCAGAGGAAGCCCCCGUGGGAGGAGCUACAGCCGGAGCAGAAGCCGCAGCCGGAGCAGGAGUGGCAGCCGAGGAAAGAGCAGGGACAGGGAGCACAGAGGAGGCAGAGAUUUCAAGUCAAAGUUUGAGGUGGAAAGAAAGGAUACCGACGCCUACAACUCUUCCACCACAUCUGGCUCCCAGCAGCAGCACCCGUCACCUCUCCUGCCCCUGCCCCUGCCCCUGCCCACGCCUCCGCACCCCUUUUCCUCCUCUUCUUCAUCGUCCGCUGGAGGGGGUCCUGUGGCAACACUAGCUCACCUGCCAGAUAGCACAACAGACAGCUGGUCUGGCUACUAUGGCACCCAGAGGCAAGAUGGCGUCGGCAAGCCGUUCAGCAAUAAAAGUGCUUCACUUAAACAGCGUUGCAGGGAUUAUGAUGAAAAAGGGUUUUGUGUUCGUGGUGACCUGUGUCCAUUCGACCAUGGCAGUGAUCCUCUCAUUGUCGACGAUGUCAAUCUACCGAACAUCAUUCCGUUCCCGCCCCCACCCGUUAUGCCCCCGACUGGCCUGCCCAUGCCCCCAAUCACUGAGCCGCCCCCCUCCCUCAGGAUGCCUUCGAUGCCACCCUACGGCCAGCCGCCACCGCCGGGCAUCUUCCCCAUGGCGGGACCCCCACUGAUAGCAACCAGUGGGAUUGACACCCCCAACCACCAAUCUGCAAUCACUUCCUCUCCUCCUAUCGGACCGCCUGGUGUGGGACUGCCACCUACUCUUCCUCCUCCUCCUCCUCCUCCACCUCCUUCCUCGUCCUCAUCUGUGUCUCUUCGUCCCCAAUAUGUCCAGUCUGAAUACAACUAUGAUCCAGAGGGCUACAACCCAGAAUCUCCGGGUCUGACUGCAGCAGGCCGUAACCCAUAUCGGCAGUUUAUACCCCGCGUGCAGACCCAACGCUCUAACCUCAUCGGCCUCACCUCCAGCGAAGGACAAGGCUCCAGAGCUGCCAACAUAGUGAUCCAGACAGAGCCUGCCACAGCAACCAGCACUCCUGGAAGUAAUGCGACACGUUUUAACACUGAACAAGACAGCAGGAAGAGGACCAUCGGACCCAUUACUACCGAUGGACCAGCAGCUAAAAAACCUUGGAUGGAGAAGCCGAGCUUUAACAACCAACAUAAAGGCAUCUUUCCCAAGAGGAAUCACUAUGUGAACACCAAGUUGGAGGUGCGCAAGAUUCCACGUGACCUCAACAACAUCACCAAGCUCAAUGAGCACUUCAGCAAGUUUGGAACCAUCGUCAAUAUACAGGUGGUGUUUGGCGGAGACCCAGAGGCAGCAUUGAUCCAGUACACAAAGAACGAAGAGGCCAGGCGGGCGAUAUCCAGCAUCGAGGCAGUCCUCAACAACCGCUUCAUCCGCGUGUACUGGCACCGUGAGCCUGGCACCAACACCACAGGGCAGCAGGACCAGAGCUCCGGCAGCCAGGCGGCCGGGUCGGCACCCAGCCAGGCUCUGCAGCACAGCAACAUGCAUAAGGGGAUUAAGCAGCACAAUCCAGCUGCAUAUGUGUUGAACAAGACUGUACCCAAACAGCACCUGACCGCAGCCGCUGGGACCAUAGCUACAACCAAGCCGGACACCCUGAAUCCAAACACAGACACUGUCACUGUGGUGCCUGCACUGACAAACACCCAGAAAAGCUCCUACACUCCCACAGCCCUCAAGUCAUCCUCCAAGAGCCUUGGGAAAACGGGAAAAGCACUGGAAGCACAGGAAGCUCUUAAGAAGAAACAGGAGGCCUUAAAACUUCAGCAAGAUAUGAGAAAGAAGAAGCAGGAGAUGUUAAAGACACAGAUUGAGUGUCAGAAAGCACUGAUAAACCGCCUGGAGAAGAACCGAGGUAUGAAACCUGAGGAGAGAGCCAACAUCAUGAAAACCCUGAAGGAGCUAACGGAGAAGAUUACCCAGAUGCAGAAUGAAAUGAACCCUGCCUCCCAGGUCCUCCCAGGUGGCAAAACCAACCACAGCCAGCCCAAAACCAAGACUGAUGCCCAGAAGGAACUGCUAGAUGCAGAACUGGACUUUCACAAAAAGAUGAGUUCUGGAGAAGACACAACAGACCUCAAGAGGAAACUAGGGCAACUACAGGUGGAGGCAACUCGAUUGGGUCUGAUCCGGCCUCCAGCGGGUCGAGGUCGGGGCCGAGGGAAGAUGGCAGCGGAGCCUGGUGCAGUGCAUGUGGGCCGAGGCAGAAGCCGAAACCGGGACAUGAUGGCUCGCGGCGGGGUCGUGAACCGCAUGGUGGUGGACCACAGACCCAGAGCCCUGGCUAUUUUAGGGGUCACUCAGGAGGAGAAGGAAGAGCUAAUGCCUCACUUUGUGAAAUUUGGCGAAAUCGAGGAACUCCGUGACCAAGAUGCCAACAGUGUCGUGAUGACCUUUAAGACACGGAGUGAAGCAGAGAAUGCAGCCAACCAGGGAGCAAAGUUCAAGGGUCGUGUCCUGCAGAUUUCUUGGUACAAGCCCAAGACGCCCUCAGUUACAACAGAGCCAGAGGAGGAGGAGGCGAAAGAUGAGGAUAACGCGAAGGAAGCUAGCUCUUACUUGCCCGGAGAGGAGGACGAAGAGGAGGAGGAAGAGGACGACGAUGAAGACGACGAGUAUGAGAGCCGAUCUUGGAGGCGAUGAAGAGAUCACGACUCAUCGUCACCUGCUCUCCAGCAGAUCCAGUGGUUUUUUUUUUGUUUUUCAGUAUAAAUGAACUCACUUUUUUUUUUCCUUCACAGUAUUUUCAAACGAAGUAAUUUUAGACUCUAAUCAAAGUAAAAACGUCUUUACUUUAUUGUACAUCAAAAGAAGUUUAGAGGGUCGACAAUUUUUGUAUCCCUCAACUAAACAUCUCACUUUUGCUGAGAAAGAUAAAUGUUAAGUUGUUCUUAUAGAUAGAAAAACCUACUAAAGUUUCAGUGUGCUUACCAGAUGAUUAAUAUCAGUAAUGCACAUUAGUGUCUACUGUGAAUAGGUAUUUUUAUACAUACUGUAUUUAAGCUCUUUUCUCACCAGUUUUUUGUAAAAAAAAAAAAUCUUGUCCUCAGUUCAGGGACAGCCAUUCCAUCACCAAUAGAACGUUCUCUGUUGCUACCAGAGAGAUAUUUAUUUAUUUUUCCACUGCAUUAAUGCACUGUGCCGUACCUAUAUUGGCAGAGUAUGGUAUGGUUGUGUUUCCAUUUCACUUUGCUUGAUUUGUUUUCACCCACAAUGUUCAGUGGCGGAAUUCUUAAAUAAACGGAGCCAGUCACUCACGGCACGGGGAGGUGCUGACGCUGUACCGUAGUAGAGCCAGUGCAGGUACAGAAGGAUACCAGUGCAAUAGGAAAACCCAAACUAUGUUUACAAAUAAACGUGUCCACGCGUGUCACACACAGUCUCAUAGUGAAUAUUCACAUUUUCCCCACUUGUAGUUUUUGUUGCUCACUCAAUGUCCAGUGCCACUCUGUGUAAAUAUCCACCCAGAUGGGGGUUCUACAUUUUCUAAGAGUGUGUAACAUUUCCACUUGUUCUAAUCUGUCGCCUUCAAAGGGCCUGACAGGACAAAGAUCAGAUCACCCAUUUCAAAAAAAUGUGAGAUCCAUAGACAGGUGUUUGAAUGUACUGAACAGUUGAUUUUAAUAUAUAUAUAUAAAUAUAUAUAUGUAAUUUCUUUGCCUUACACAAUCAGCGGAUUGCUGAAUUUUUACAGGAUUUGUGAUUUACUUUUGUAAAUUUUGUAAAUGCUUGAAAGAGAAAUUACUGUUGUACUUUUUUUUGUUUUUUUUUUGUUUUCUGUCAUUUUAAACGAAUGACAAGGUCGUAUCAGGUAGAAAAGGUCAAGCAAGAGUGCUUAGCGUCUCUGCUUAUUCGCAAGAGUUUUGAAUUUGUGUUCAAACCAGUCCGCGUUGUUAUUUCACUAAAUUAGUCAUCUAAAGUAGCACAUUUCUUUUAAAGAAAACAUUCGAAGCUGCUCGGAGCUGUGGAAAAAACACUCUGUUGAAAGACACUGAGAGUCGUGCACCUCACACUAUUAAUUUUGCAUCAGUGCAGCUUCGCCUCUAUCUGAAUAUUGCCAGAAUGCGCUCAAAACGCACUCUGCAACCACAAUUCAAUGACAAAAGUGUACAUUUUGUGUUUUGCCUUCCUUGCAUAUACUGUACUUUAGAAUCCUCAGGGUGGGAGGAAUUCAGUCUAUUGAAAUUCAUAGGAAACGUGCUUAAUGACUACAUUUUUCAGCUUCUUUUUCAACAAAUAACACACAGCUUAAUGAAGUGUUUGAUAUAUCACAGCAUAUCCAUUAAUCAUUUAGAAUUACACCAAAACAGAGACGAGAGUUUGCAGCAGUGUCAGUGCACACACAUGCAGGCACAUUUCUCUAUUGGUAUCUACAUGCAUAAUUCUACCUGCAUGGUUUCCUUUCCUUUACCGGUACCAAAUGGAAAACUGUUUGAAAGACUCAACAUGACUUCCUCCCACCUCACACGUCAGUCGUGCUCUUGUCUGGUUUGCAUAUCUCACUGUUGAUGCUCAGAAGCCGCCUGCUGGUGACCUCAUUGUCCCACUGAAAGUUUUCGUCUACACCGUCAGUCAAAGUGAGGUGUGAGACUGACGCUCCCUUUCAUUGAGGUUUUUUUUUUUCUUUAAAUGAGGUCACUGAUGGGGUUCAACCUGUACUGGCAAGGUCCUUGCUUGCUUCAGUGAGGAUUCAGAGAAGCUUUUCUCCCACUUUUUGUACUAUCUUCUGUAUGCUACUAUCACUCAAUAGUGUAAAAAAUUGUAAAAUGUUUAUUGGAUAAUAGUUUUGGAUUUGUUACUGUUUAUAUUUGCAGGAUGUGGAUGUAUUUUCUUCAUGUAUUUUGUUUGUAAAAAUGGAUUUCUAAUUUACUAGCAUGUUUGCUUUUGCCAAUAAAGAUGGAGGAAUGGGGUGCUUGUAAAAAAUGAUCAAAAAGAGAAAGAAAAAAGAAAAGAAAAAAGAUAAAUUAUUGAUUGGAUGGUGAAGAGAGAGACAAAAAAUGACCUUUUUGAUUUAAAGCAAGAAAAUUGACAGCAUUGGCAAAGGGGGGAAAAAUGCAAGCAAAAGCAUUCCAGAAAAUAUUACCUUAAA